UCACACUUUGACAUUAACACAUUUCAACCACUCUCCUGCAAAGACACCACUUCUGACUCUGCUUAUUAUCUUAAAUACCAAACACACACAUGCACACACACAUGCCAACCACACACUACUGUGUGUGUGUUUUUGGCCAAUGGUUUUCCAAUGAAGCGUUUCUUUGGGCUGGUGUUGGAGCGACUGGUGUUUGUGUCUAAGAACCUCAAACUGAGUCAAUGCAGAAAACAGAAGAAGAAGAAGCUCCAAACCAGGAAAACCAAACCAUUGGUGAUUCUGACGGUUUACCUCAAUGACACCCAGCAGAUGCUAACUGAGGUCCCAGUUACUCCGGCAACCAGAGUGAUUGACGUUGUCGAAUACUGCAAAGAAGCCGGCGAGGGGGAGUGUCACUUAGCUGAAGUAUGGAAUGGGCAUGAGCGCGUUCUCCCUCAGGAGGUGUUAUUGUUGGAUCUCCUCCAGCAGUGGGGAGCUAGGAGGCCGGAGGUCAGCUUCUACCUCAGACACUGCCCCUCCUGGACACAAGGAAGUCUGCAACCUUUGGAGCAGAGCUGGACCACAGAAGCAACAGAGAGUGCUAAUGACAGGGUUCCUCGUGUGGACCUGACUCUCUCUGCUCAGGAAAUGGCCACUAGACAACAGCAACAAAUAGAGGCUCCACAGAUGCUGGUCGCCAAGGAGCAGAGACUAAGGUAUCUUCACCAAGGAGGAAGAUCUAACCAGGGACAGACGCAGUCUGAAGCUGAGAAGCUACAGCGGCUGAAGGAGCGGGUGGAGACUCAGGAAGCCAAGCUGAAGAAGAUCCGAGCCAUGAGAGGACAAGUCGACUACAGCAAACUGAUCAACGGAAACCUCUCUGCAGAGAUUGACCAUGUCAGCAGCCUGUUCCAGGAGAAGCAGGCAGAGCUGCAGUCUGCGGUGGUCAGAGUUGACCAGUUGACCCAGCAGCUGGAGGAUUUGAAGAGAGGACGCCUUCAGCUACACCCUGUUGCAACAGCUCAGGUGGCACAAUCUGGUUCCCAGGGGGCACCCACUGGCCAGAAAGGGUCACCCCUGUCUGGUCCUGCAGCCCUGGAACUGAGGAAACUCUACCAGGAGCUGCAGGCACGUAACCGUCACAACCUGGAGCAGAGCAGCAAGUUGGCUCAGAACAAGGAGCUGCUGAACAAGAGGAACGCCCAGGUGACGGUGAUGGAUCAACGCAUCGGAGACCUGAGAGAACGACUGCAUAAGAAGAGAGCAGAAUUGAGUCGUAUGAAUGGAGCAGGCCUGUCCUCGCCUCAGACCUCGUCCCACCCAAGUGGUGGAGUUUCCGGGCGAGUAGCGGCUGUCUGUCCUUACAUCCAGGUUCCAGCUGAGGGGAGACAAGAGGGGGGGUACCCCCUGCCAGCUGACCCACCACCCAAACCCACCCCGCUCAGCCACAUCCGGUCCCUCUCAGAGGAGGACAGGAGUGGCAUCCGGAAGCCGCCUAGCCAAUGGAAAGUUACAGAUUUAGACAUCAUCCUGUCAGAGCCCACUGAGAUGUGGGAGGGACCUCGGUCCCCUCAGGGGGGCGACAGUAACAACCCUAAUGAAGCGUCGUGGCCUAGCAUCAGUAAGAGUGUGUCAGAUUGGAGGACCAACAGUCCAGAACAGCUUCCCUCUGGUUAUGGUACCUACCCCAGUGCCACCCAUCAGGCAGCAGGGCAUCACAAUGCUACCAGCUCCCUGCCCCGUUCUGCCCCUGGUACACUGGGCUGGCCCCGAUCCACUGCUGCAAAUGCCACCUCAUCCUCCUCUUCAUCUUCUUCCUCUUCACAACAAAUACAGCAACGGAUCUCCGUUCCUCCAAAUUCAAGCCAAGGCUCAGCCAACCAGCCAUCUCCCUUGUCCCCACAAACAGAGCGAACAGAUCCCCCUCCAGCGGUGGCUGUACGUCCCUAUGUUCCGGACCACCCCUCCAGGCCCCAGUCUCCCAGGAAGGGCCCCGCCACCAUGAACAGUAGCUCCAUCUACAACAUGUAUCUCCAGCAGCCUCAGGCCAAAAACUAUGGAUCUCUUAGCAACAGGACUACUGUCAAAGCAGUCUAUGGUAAACCCAUCCUCCCCACCUCCUCCACUUCUCCAUCCCCUGUCCCUUUUCUCCAGGUAGUAGGAGGAGGAGGAGGCGGAGUAAAAGCAGGAGGAGAAGAUGUUACAGAUAAAGAAGGAGGGAAAGGAGGAGGUGACAGCAGUGAUGGACAAAUCCUGCCACCUCCCACUGUUGACAACAUCCCUCGCCCUCUUAGUCCCACAAAACUCACCCCAGUCGCCCACUCCCAGCUACGUUACCAGAGUGAUGCUGACCUGGAGAUUCUCCGCCGACGUCUCAGCAACGCACCACGGCCCCUGAAAAAACGGAGCUCAAUCACAGAGCCUGAGGGCCCACAGGGGCCAAACAUCCAAAAACUACUGUACCAGAGGUUCAACACGUUGGCGGGAGGCAUGGAAGGAAGCUCAGGCAAUACUUUUUACCAGCCUGACUGCCUUUUGGGUGAAAUGGACAACAUCCAUUCAGCAAAUGGGAAUGUAGAACCUGGUGACAAGCACGUCAGUAUGACAACCGUGGGAGGUGAAGUUCAAAACCUGAACUCGGGCUCCCGCCGAUUGUACGCUCCUUCUGGUGCCGUAGAAACACCCAAAGAGACGACUGCAAAAGCAGAAACUACCAAUAAUGUGUCUCCACUGACCCGAACCAGCCCACCGCCGGCACCUGAUAAGCCAGAGGACCAGAACAACAACAACCAGAGAGGAUCUAGUCCUGCACACAACUCUGUAGGCCACGCCUCCCCUUCACCAUCACCUCCUGCCCCCCCUUCACUGCCUAAGGUGAAGCGGACCAACCUGAAGAAGCCUUCAUCAGAGCGAACAGGCCAUGGUCUGAGAGUGAAGUUUAACCCUCUAGCUCUGCUGCUGGACGCAUCAUUAGAGGGAGAAUUUGAUCUGGUGCAGAGGAUUAUAUAUGAGGUGGAAAAUCCCAGUAUGCCUAACGAUGAAGGCAUAACUCCUCUUCACAACGCUGUCUGCGCCGGCCAUCACCAUAUUGUGAAGUUCCUGCUGGACUUCGGAGUCAAUGUAAACGCAGCCGACAGUGACGGAUGGACUCCUCUGCACUGUGCAGCUUCAUGUAACAGCGUCCACCUCUGUAAGAUGCUGGUGGAGUCGGGGGCCGCCAUUUUCGCCACAACAAUUAGCGACGUGGAAACUGCGGCAGACAAAUGUGAAGAAAUGGAGGAGGGCUAUACACAGUGUUCUCAGUUCCUCUAUGGUGUCCAAGAAAAGCUGGGCGUGAUGAACAAAGGCUUGGUCUACACUCUCUGGGACUACACGGCCCAGCAAGCCGAUGAGCUGUCGUUCAGCGAGGGUGACGCCCUGACCGUGCUUCGUCGGCGUGACGACACUGAGACAGAGUGGUGGUGGGCACGGCUUAACGACCGCGAGGGAUAUAUACCCAGAAACCUACUGGGGCUGUAUCCAAGAAUCAAACCCAGACAACGCUCAUUGGCAUAAAGCCCAGAUCAGGAGCCACAUGCACACAGAGAAGAAGAGGCAGCAGCAUGUGGGCGCAAGCAAUAGCCAAGAAAGAAACAAACAAGUGAUGGAGGUAGUCAGGAGGCAGAAAGAAGGAAACAAAGACCUUUGUUUGGAUGUGAUGCUGUAACCACAGGACCACUUUAUGGUAGAAUCUUUCUAUAUUUUCACUGAGUUGCUGCAAUUUAGAGCAAUAGACUGUUUUGAGCAAUAGUACCUUGGCAACUUCACACCAGUUCAGCUGCAUGUUAGAAGCUGAAUAGAAACAAAAAUAAGAAAUAUAAUUUGGAUGCAGUGUUGAGUUCUUUCAGCUCAGAACAUGAAAACAUGGUCUUGAAUUUAUACUGCUCUAUCUGACAUUCAUCCAAAUAAUCUUGAUUUUUGAAUGCCACUUUAUAUUUGUAUGAUGUUAAUUUAAAAAAACAAAAACAAACACCAAGAUGGAUAUUAUUGAAGCUAAGCUCAUCAACUGCAUAGCAAUGAACAUAGUGUGUUGUCUGAAUGAACACUUUCACACUGUUCGAUGAGAAGAUUCAAAUGCAGUGAGUUUACAGGCUAGAUCCGGUAAAAGAAUGUGUGACAUGUGAAGUUGGAGUGAGGGAAGUGAGAGGAGAGAACAUAUAGUGUACCUAUGAAUGUAUGUUAAAAUAGAUCCAGGUUUUAGGUUCAAGUUUAAGAUGGAGCAGCUAUUAGCAGCGUUAGUCAGGAAUAACGUUGGAGGUGCAACCACAAGACUAAAGAAACCGAAUCCAGCAAGCUUUUGAUGCAUGGUGGCUGCGGCCCACAUCAACACACAUGUGCAACAGAUGUUGAAAAUAUAAUAUUAUGGCAUGGUAAAAAAAAAAAGAAAAAAAGAACUGAUAUCAGAAGAAUGUUUUGAUUCUGAUUUCACAAAAUGAUAAAAAAAGAAGCAUCUGUGAAUAAUUAGGGAUGUCUCAGCCUUUUACCACUCUGUAUUUAUCUUGACUCAGCACUGGUGCAUGCUGUCAUAUCAACAUCUGUUCAACUGCAAAAUGGUUGCUGCUGGAAUGAGAGAACAGAAGGAAAACAAGAAGGUGAGAAAUGUGUUUGUAAAAAAUAUACAAAUUAUUUUGUGAAACCAAAGCAGCUACAACAAUGAAGGAUGAAGGAGGAGGAAUUAAAAUGGCAACAUUUUCCACAGUUUGAAUAAAACGUCUGCCACCCAUUAACACCUAGUCCAGACUAGGGCCCUACUGAUCCCAGGCUCUAACAAUAACAAUGUGAUAAAGCAGUGUUUCCCAACUACCAGAAGCUCAGUGGCACAUUUUUAGAAAAGCUUGAGUUUACAAGGUAGCUAAUUGCUUGAGUGUUCAAAUGGGGCUAAAUUAGCUAAUUGGAAAUGGAGAAGUUAAAGUGUGAAAAUCUCUUGACUUUCUCACAAGUUUUUCAAUUUUUUUCUUCAUAUUUACAUAUUUCAGUAGUUGUAUGAAAUGUAUUAUUCCCCCCCAAUUUAUUGUUUUAUUUAAAAAUAUUUCUAUUUUCUAUUGUUCUUAUUAUUGUUCUUAUUAUUAGACAUACUGCUCUUGUUUCUUUAUCGCUCAGUGCUGGUGCAACUCACUGCUGCCACCCAGUGUACAGAAAGGUUCUGACACAAUAAAGCGCCAUUUCCUCAAACAUGCUGUGUAAAAUAUGAGGCAAUAAGUUGAGUGAUGUUUGAUGUGAGAAUGGCACAUUGGUGUGAGGUGUGCAAACCUUUACUUUGUGUAUAGGCAACCUGUAACUACACAGCUAAUGUACAAUGAUAAUAAAGUAAUUAUAAUCUCUAAA